UCUGGUCGCGCCCUUUCUCGCGAGAGUACUGUUGAGUAAGAGUCAAGUUCUAUUUCGGCUGGAGGCGAAGCAAGACAAUAGUUUUGACUUUCUAAUAUUAUAUUACAUACGUUUUUUUACAAACAAAAGAAGAUGAACAGCCUUAUUAGAGCUACAGCUAGGUGUCUCCGGCCUGGGUCAGCGGUGUAUUUGACCAGACAAGCUGACACACGAAUGUGUUUGACUCCGGGACAGCGGUUUCUGUGCUCGGCGACGGGCAUUAAAAAAGACCUUGCAGAGAUAGUGAAAAAGGACAAGGUGGUGGUCUUCAUGAAGGGGGAUCCAAGUCAGCCCAUGUGCGGCUUUAGCAACGCAGUUGUCCAGAUCCUCCGGAUGCACGGAGUGGACGACUACGCAUCAUACAACGUACUGGAGGACCAGCGCCUCAGACAAGGAGUAAAAGACUUCUCCAACUGGCCCACGAUCCCUCAGGUUUACUUCAACGGAGAGUUUGUUGGAGGCUGCGACAUCCUGCUUCAGAUGCACCAGAACGGUGACCUGGUGGAGGAGCUGGAAAAGCUGGGAAUCCGUUCUGCACUGGUUGACACUGAGAACAAGUCCAAAUAGAGGACAUCCUUCAUCCAUUUGUGAAUUCACUGAAGUUUCUGCAGGAAUCGGAGCACCAGGUCUCUCAGUGUGGUUCGCAGCGGCUCAUUGUUGUUGCACACUAUGUGUGUCCCGUCCUCCUCCAGCUGGAUCAGUGUAUCCUCUGCCUGCAAAUGCAGGAUGUGACCGUCUGCUGUCUCUUCCACUUUCACCUCCGUGAUCCCAUGCUGCGGACAAAGACAUCAACACACCUUUUUUUAACACUGUGUCAGUUUGGUGUUUCACUAUACCUGGAAAAGUCUGUGUGAGGAUACGUUCUAUGAUUCAAGUUCAGUAAAACUCCCCGUUCAUUUUUAUUUCUUAAAAUAAAAGGUAAAAGUUUAGUCAUGUGAAAAUAAUCCCAGAAAUGCCCCCAAAAUUAAGUGCUUGUGAAGUUAAUAAUGACAUAAAUGAUAUAAUAAAAGACAAAUAAACUGAC